AUGGUCUCACCAUUCCUCUCUCCAUACGCAGCAGGUGAAUCGGACACCGACCCGCUCCUCGUCACCGUCCGCUUCUCUGCCUCAAUCCCCGAUUUCCAACUAGACGUCACAGAGCCCGAGAUUACAACAGGCGCAGGCCUAAAGCAAAUGAUCCGAGCUGAACUACCCGAACCCUUAUCAUCCCAUCGACUGCGCCUCAUCUACGCCGGUCGUGGUCUCGAAGAUACAACCGCAUUAACGGUCUCACUCAAGCUUCCGCCAUCACCAAGCCGGAGCCCUCGCCCCGCAGCAGACCAACCCGAGACAACCGACAAAAAUGGAAAAGGCAAGCAGGCGGUGCGCGAUAUUCGUCCACGGCUCUACAUCCACUGCUCGAUCGGCGACAUUUCACUCUCAGAAGCAGACCUAGCAAGCGAAGCAAGCGAGGCAUCAACAAUCCUUCUGCAACAGAAGCAACAGCAAACCGAUGCAUGCAGGAAAUCAUCAGUCAAUAGUGUCGCAUCUUUACUCCCAACAUCGGCGCAAUCACGUCACUCCCAACCUCAAUCCCAGUCCCAGCAAACUACCACACCCGCACCCCGCGGCUUCGACCGUCUCCUCUCGGCAGGCUUCACGGCGGCCGAGGUUACCGCUCUGCGCUCCCAGUUCCUGGCAAUGCAGUCUGUCUCCCGGACGCCGGAUACCAUGCCUACUGGUGACCAGCUGCGGGAUCUUGAGGAUCGCUGGAUGGAUGAGGGGUCGACGGCGGCGCAAGUGCAGGGUGGUCUUGGUGGGGAGGGGGGCGUUGUUGGGGAUGAUGAGGGCGGGGUUGGGUCUGGAUCGCGUAGGGCAAUGGAUGAUAUGCUUUGGGGUGCUGUUAUGGGGUUCUUUUGGCCUGUUGGCUGUGCGAUGUGGUUGCGUAGAGAGGAGGGGGUUUGGAGUUGGAGGAAAGGGGUUGCUGUUUGUGUGGGUGUUAUUGUCAAUGCUGUUUUUGGGGCGAUGAGGGUCAUGAAAUGA